CGCAGAUUCUUUUUUUAAUUUAUUUUUAAUGCUUGACUGUUAUAUUGAGUUGACCGUGUUUUCAAAACACGCGAAUGUAAAAGUUGUGAUUGUUUCUUUUUACUUUAUAUCAUUAAGUGGUGAAAAAGUUCGAGCGCUCCCAGAAGAUCUAAUUAUGCAUGUUUGCGAUGACACUGGAACAGAAAUCGACGAGGAAGUUAAAGCCAGAAAUGUGUUACAUUGCGAAAGACGUCGGCGCUGAAUUUCCUUUGGCACACUCAUCUCCCAGCUCCUGCACUGACACACUUUCAGUAUCUUCAGCAAGCGAACAAGACGCAGGCCCACCAGCAAAGAGGACGCAACUUCCUCCUGAUAGAGCCACAGAUGCUAAAGAGCUUGUUAAAAACAUUCUAAUGAAGAAACCUGGCGGAGAAAAAAUAAUGCAGGAAUGCUUGGAAAAAAGAACACUCAGUAACUGCACAAGGAGACCGCUCAUCAACAUGUUGGUUGCAUACAUGACAGAAGAACAGGGGCGAAUUCCAGCAAAAGAAAUAAGAGAAAAAUAUGCUUUAGGUAUUGUUACUCUUUUCCUUCUGUUAAGGAUCCCUUUUCUACAAAAGGAUAUGAACAUUAUUAUGAUUCAGAGAGCAGUACUUGGGUACCUUGCUUGGUGCCUAAAAACGGUGCAGCGCAAGACUUUGUUUCAAAGCAAGGAAGUAAAACAAAAUAAAAAUGGAGGUCUAAGUUCAGUACGAGAAAUUCUUCAUCCAGGAGAACAGCUAACUGGAGACAGUAGCAGAGAAGCAGUCUUUCCUGACUCAUUGUUCAGAUAAAGUAAUCAUUUAUGAGAAAAUGAGAAAAACAUUUCAAUACCGCCAGCAAUUGGUGCAUGACCCAGAGAAAAUGACAUCUGUACUUUCCGUCUUUCCAAGAUUUUUGGAUACAAAAGGCUUGGUAAAUCAAGAUUUCAUUCUUUUAUUUGGCUCUGACACGUCUUCCAAAUUGAUUGAGAAGUAAGAUACCUGCUUUAAGUUUAAGAUUAUUAAAGAAGCAAGAUCUCUGACAGGUCAGAUGACUGAUUUGAAUAUUCUGCUGAAGUGUGCAGAAUCUACCUUUGAUUGUGAAGAUCAUGAAUCAUCAGGGUUUAUUGGUUGGGAUGCAGACAUGGCCUCAAUUUUAUUAUUAGUCUAUCUUUUGCCACUACCAGCUGGAGGAAAAAAAGUGCCAAAAAUCACCUCUAGUGGGGCAGUUGACCAUAUGGUACAGUUUCAUAAGUCAUGCUGCAGUAUUGAUGAACACCUCAGCCAAAAUGAAGGUCGCCAGCCUUACCUUCUGGCAGUAGGAACAAGGCCAAGAUCCAUGACUUUUAUAUUGUCCUGGACAAACAGCUUAUACCAUGUCAGGCAAGAAGUUCUUUGGGAGCAUUUAAUGAGCUUUUUAAGGCUCAUUUUGUAUUCAGCAUUUCCUAUGAUAAGGCCUUAAUCAUUGUAUAUACAUUCUUGCAAACAACUGUUUACAACAUUGCUAUUGGACAUGUGAGGGAAUCACCAAGGGUUAAAGAAUUAAGAGCAAAAAUAUUAAACAGUUAAAACUUAUUGAUUGCUGUUCAGUCAUCAUAAUGGCAAAUAUGUUGAAGUGUUUUUCAUGCUUGUUGUCAUAUGCAGAUAGCAAUGCAUUAAUUAGGCAUUUGAAAAUAGCACAUGGAUAUUACCCUGGUAAAAAUUUAAGACUUACUUGUGCUCAAGAAGGAUGCUCUCGGAUAUUUUACUCAUAUGCCGAAUUUAGAAAACAUCUCAAUGUCGCCCAUGUGAAUGAUACAAGACAAUAUGUUUACCCUGAAAUUACACACACAUUGAAUUCUUCUGAUGAAAACCAAUGUGUUUGUCCAGAAAUUACAAAUGUAUUUAAUUCUCCCGACAAGCAUGAUGCAAGCAUAAACACUGAUAUUUGUGUAACUGAGAUUCCCCCAACUUGUCGCAUUACAAAUGACCACCUUAAAGAAAUGUGUGCAUCCCUAAUAGCAAAGCUGCAAGCAAGUGGUACCACAAAUAGUAUUAUAUCAUCAGUAGUGGGAGAUAUGGAAGAAUUUGUUAAUGAAAUGCAAUUUAAAAUUAAGGAGGACAUUUUGGCAAAAUGUAUCAGAUAUAGAAUCAUCCAUUGGAAGUAUUGAUAACCCCUUCAGUAGUUUAAAUUCAGAAAGAAAACAAACAAGGUAAUUUGCUAUAAGUGGGGAGUAAUUGAACCCAUUGAAGUCUCUCUUGAAGAGGUAUGAUAGCAGACGAAAUCCAAGAACAGGUACUUAUGAUCAGGUUCCUGUAACUGAUAAAUUUAUAUAUGUUCCAAUUUUAGAGUCAAUAAGAUUUAUUUUUAAGAACCCUGACAUAUGCAGUAUGUUUCUUGAAAGCAGAAAAACAAAAGAUAAUAUUUAUGCUGACUUCUAUGAUGGAAGCUACUUUAAGACCCAUCCAUUGUUCUCUCAAAAGAAAAAUGCUUUGCAAAUCCAGAUAUUCUAUGAUGAUUUUGAAACAGCAAAUCCACAGGGUUCUAAACAUGGCAUACAUAAGAUUGGCUGCUUAUACUUUGUUUUCAGAAAUUUCCCACCAAGGUUUAAUUCAGCUUUAAUGAAUAUUCACUUGAUUUCACUUUUUCACUCCCAGGAUGUUAAAAUGUAUGGAUUUAAUCCUUUUUUGAAGCCAUUAGCUGAUGAUAUUGAAAUUUUUAAAAGUAGUGAAUUACAGCUUUCUUUCUCCCAGGAAUCAGUGUUUGGGUCCAUAUCACAGGUCACUGGUGAUAAUUUAGGGAUGCACACAAUUCUUUGCUUUGUAGAGUGUUUCAACGCCAGCUAUCACUGUCGUCUGCUGCUUGACGGACAAGGACCGAUGCAAAACUUUGUUCAGUGUAGAUGAAUGUGAUGUCCUCUUAUGUGACAAAGAUUUGUACAGAUUGCAUCAAAAUGAGUUAAUGAGGUCUCCAGGGUUAAAAUCGUUGUUUAGAUUGAAAAAGUCUUGCCUGCUUAACAGUUUACAAUAUUUUCAUGUGUGUGAUAAUUUUGCAUUAGAUAUAAUGCACAACAUUCUUGAAGGAGUAGGCCAAUAUGAAAUUAAAUUGCUUUUUUGUACCUUACUGAAAACAUUAUUUCUACAGAUGAUCUGCAUUGUAGAGUUUAUUCUUUUAAUUAUGGCUAUUUAUAGAGGAGAAAUCGGCCCACAAGACUAAAUUUGGAACAGGCUGGUAAUAAUAUUGGCAUAAAUGCCAUUCAAACAUUUUGUCUUAUAAGAAACAUUCCACUUAUGUUUUCGUGAUGUAGUCAGAGAGGGAAAUAAACACUGGCAUCUAUUGCUGCUCUUGUUGCAAAUUAUAAACAUUGUUUUUUCUCCUUGUAUUACUGAGAGUAUGACCAUUCAUCUUAAACAUUUAAUAAUAGAACAUUUCAAAGUGCCAUUUCCUGAAAAAACAUUACUUCCAAAACAUCAUAAUAUGAUACAUUAUCCCUCAUCCAUUCGAAAAAUUGGUCCACUGUUACAUGUCUGGUGUAUGAGAUGUGAAGCUAAGCACAGAUUUUUCAAAAACACUGUUAAGAAUUUUGAGAACCUAACCAAAUCACUUGCCAAAAAGCAUCAGAUGGCAAUUGCAUAUCAUUGGGAGUCUUCACCACUGAAACAAAUUGAAUAUGGUCCUGUUAGGACAGUCUUACUCAGUGAAUUCUUAGACUGUGAAAAUUUAGUGCAGACAUUGCAAUGUAGUCUACACAGUGAGGUUAACUGUGCAGAAUGAAUUAACUACUGUGGUGCUGAGUAUAAGGUAGGACUGAUGGUCUGCAAUAAAGUUCAAUGACAUUCCUGUCUUUAGCAAAAUAUUGUAUAUAAUUCUUAUACAUAAAAAGUGUUAUUUAAUUACAGUUGAAUUUGAUACAGUUUGUUUUGUUGAACAUCAUUUAGUGUGCAGGAAAGAGCUUUGAAAGAUAUCCAAGUAGUGGAAGUGGAACAUUUAAAAUACUACAAACCAUUUGACCCCCAGGCAACUUAUGGAGGUGAAGGUAAUUGUUUUAAUAUUGUGACAUCCUGUUGCUUAAUUUGAACAACUGUAUGUGUCCAGGAUCUUUGAAAAGAUACUGAGGAUUUAUUUCUAAAUGAAGUAGCUCCUUAAAAACAGAACAUAUAUUUCUAAAUUUACUCGCAGAAAAUCUCCAUUUUCCUAGCACUUUUUAAUAUUAACAUUUUUUGUAACUAUACAGGAAAUGGAAUGACAGUGUUAGACUUUAAGGCUGUUCACUGUUCGUGAAGCAAUGCAGUUAAAGUAAGUGAUCAGUACGUGGGGGUGAGAGUGAGUGAUGAACAAGACCAUCAGGCCCCAUUAAACUUUUUCAGGAAAAAAAUGUUCUGACUUUUAUUCAAUAUUGGUUUUUAGACAUUUAUUAGGCUGUACCUCAUGAUUGAGAGAAGAGAGUAAUUAGGCCAAGAUGUCUCAGCAGUAUCACUUCUUUUAUAAAUAUAAAUACAUUAUAACAACAGUAAAUGAUCCUGUGUAUAAUGAAGCAACAUAGUUGUGCUACAUAUUUGUAUAAAGUUUUGGAAUACCUGAUAUAAUUUAUAAAUUACCUUGUAAUGUCUAAAUUAUUGUCAAUCUUGGUCUAUGUUCUAUAUAGAAAUUGUUAGUUUCAUGAUCUGACAUUUCAGAGUUAAUUUCUGCAUGUUAAAAAUACAUUGUUUGGUUUAAUAUUACUGUACAUAAUAAUUGGGAUAGUUACUUUUUUUUGAGGAAAUAAUAAGGCAUAUUGAUGGUUGUUCAUGUGUAACUUAAGUCUUUAGUAAAUGUUUUAAAUAAGAUAAGAGUGAUGGUGUAAAUAAAAACUGUUAUGGUGUAGGCCUUUUUUUUACUCUUUCAGUAGUUACUGUGAAAACCAUUAUUCUAUGCACCAGCAAAAUAGACAAAUCUAGGAAAAGCAUAAUUGUUUUGAUACAAGUAAAAAAAAAAAAAAA